AUGGUCUCGCGAGCUCAUUCGUCGUCAUCGUCAAGUGGAGGAACGGUCAGAGGACAGAGCGAGAGGAAGAACUCCGAAAGACUUAAGAACCGCGACGAAUUCCGUGUGCUCGUUCCGUUCAAUCCGUCUUCCGAACGGUUCCCCAAGUUGCUUCGGGAAAAUAGAAAAGUGAGCCCAUUGUUGGAAUUGGCAUAAAAGGCAUUGCGUUGCUGGUGUAUGUUGAACGACCACUAUGUUACAAAAAAUCAGGUAUCGGAAGGAAAAAAGCAGAAGACGCUGCCAUUGAGAACUGUAAUUUCAGGGCCGGCAGAGUCUGGCGACCAUGUCUCUCAUUCAGUUCAAGAAGGCGUUGGAUCGUGAUCUUUUGCUUAACGACAAGCUCCCCAAAAGUCAGGAGUUCUGGGUCAAGAAGGUGCAGAUCCUGAAAGAGGUUCAAAAGAUCGAAGAGACUCUGAAAAUGUAUUCGGAUGAGGUGAAAUAUAAGUUCGUGCCUGAUGAUAAGUAAAGUACCAAGGAUCAGAUCGAAAGCGACGGAGAGUUUCAUCAAGAUCCAAUUCCACAUUCUUGCACUGAUCACGCGAGUUUCACAGCAUGAGGACGAUGUCGCAAUGCAGAAUUCUACCACGCUUCUGAAAAAGGCCAGUUUGAACGUCUCGCUAGUUUCUGAAAACGGGCGUAAAUCCUGUAUUCGAUUCCUUUCGUUUCCAAAUUUGAAAAAUCAAAAAUAUUUUCAAAAAAAUACUACUAAUUCCAACUUCGACUCGAAACGACUGAAAUCAUCGUCAGAAUAAGAGAAAAAACUUCGAUUAACUGAACGCAGCACGAAGUUAUAGAACAAUAGUGUGUCCGCUUAUACCACAUGAGUUACGGUAGUUUCCUCCCAGAACCUGAAACCAUUUCCCUGCAUAGUGCAUAUUUAUUUCACAACGUUUGCUUCCCUGAACAACGAUGACGUCAGUUCCUCUCCCCGCUUUGCCCGUUUAUAUAAACGAGUCAGCUGUACAGUCCUGUUGACACACUCAUUCGAUACCUUAUCAAUGGGUUGCAGUCUCAGAUGAUCGUCUAUUUUUUGCAGUCCGUCAUUGUGUUCCAAGUGAUCAUCCCAGAUGUUCUCUCGUUCCUCUCUCGCUCUCCUUUCCCGAACAUUCCAUCCAGUCGUCGUCCGCCCUCACUCUCGUCCGUCUGCUCGUCUUCUCCGUUCGUUCCAACUCGGCGGUCUCUGCGUCUGCGCGUUUCUCUCACAAAUAACAUUGUCCCGAUCGAUAUUCCGAGGCGGCGGUCAUGUGUUUAUGUUGAGGAGGCAGUGCGGAAGGCAGGGACGCGCAGAGGCCGACGGCCCCCGCCGCACUCGUUCUCGUUCAGUCCAAAGCAACAUGACGGGCCAAGCAGCCGAGCGGAGUCUUCACACCACUGUGCUUCCGCUCGGAUUGCUAUUACUGUAGUCUGACGUGGCACCAGCAGAAUCACCUUGGACUUUGAGAUCUUUAGUGUUUUCGUGUCUCGUAGUGGUAAACAACUCGAACUUUCUCCCACUUUCUCUUCAUUUUCAGUAUUUCCCAACACCAUAUUCACACCGUUUUCUGAUUCUUCCUCGUUUCAAUUGCGAAAUUAUCGUAUUUCGUAACAUGUCGACUGAGAGUAGUAUGUCAAUAAGCUGCUGUUUCUCUCUUUUCUCUUCUGACUUCCCUCCGCUUUCGCAAUAUCCUUGCUCAUUUUCUCUCCUUGCAGAUGUCCUCUUUAUCCGCUCCGCAUCAAAUGCAGGUCCGUGUUACCUUCUACACGAGCCACAAUCCUCAGUCCGUUCUGAUGAUUUUGAAGAGUGACUGCGCACUCGACCAGAUCGCCGAGAAGGCGCGCGAGUUGUUCCCGUCGGCCGAUUAUCGUCUAUACUACGGUAGGAUUUCCCCUAAUUGAUCCUAUUGCAGUGAUCGUUUUCAGGAGACGUCAACGGUCCGAUCUAUGAGUUCACCAGUUCCGAACAGGUGAUGACGAAGAUCAGAAUCACCACUUUCUCGCGUACUCCGCAGCUGUUCGUCCGUCUCGAGCAGAACACAUCUUACUCGACCAAGAAGGGCAAGGAUCGCGAGUCGAAGAGCAGCACCGUUCUGAAGCGCAUCGAACAGAACCAGGAGCAGACUCUGAAGAGUGUUGCCAAGCUGCAGAAAGACUUUGGUCGUGUGGCGGUCCUGGAGAAAAUUGUGGCGGAACUUCAGAAGAAGGGAGAAGAGACUGCUGAAGAGCAAACGCAGACGAAGCGAUUCAAGCCAGUCAAGCACUCGGCGACUUGUGAUGCCUGCCUCGGGGACAUCAUUGGACACCGCUACAAGUGUCUCCAGUGCCCGGAUUUCGAUUUAUGCGAGGCGUGCGAGAAGAAGUCGCUGCAUUAUGAGCACGCGAUGGUCCGUCUCGUGUGCCCUCGCAAGACUUCCAUUCCGCAGUACAUCACCGGCAAUGCCCCGGACGGCGUCUUCCCCAAGUACAUGCGCACCCACACCAUCGAGAUUGAUAUUCCCCUUAUGAUUCCGACCGAACCGAAGGCUACUGACUCUGAUGCGCCGAGUGAGUCACUUUUCAGAAGAACCAUAAUAAUAAUUAUAUCUUUUCAGAGGACCCUCGCGAAGAGAACCGCGCUGUUUUCAACAACAGUGCCACUAUUCUGAAGGACACGUUCCAGGCGUUGAGCAAGAGUUUCUUGGAUUUGGCCGAUGGAGCUCAGACCGGAAUGGAGAAGAAGAUCUUCGAGAGAUCGAAGGUCGAGGCUGGCAUGGCAAAGGUCGGCGAAAAGAUGGAAGUGUUGAAGCGCCACUGCGAGGAGGCUUGCUUCGGUCCGGUUGUUCCGGAACCGGAGAAGAAGGUGGAGACUGAUAAGAAAGACGAGGAACCGAUGGAGAAGAUAACGAAGCCGCUGCUUCCGGAGAACGGUUGGAACGUCGACCUGAAACAGAAGAAGACCAAGAAGCGGGCGUUCAAAAAGACUGCCGAGAAGUUCUCGUCGAGCCUCGUUAUGGCUGCGUUCGCCAGAGAGGAGGCCAAGAAGAGGGCCGAUGCGAGCACCGCCGAGUUGCAGAGAAAGCUCGAAAAGUUGAACGUGAACGAGGCGGAAAAGAAGGCUCAGCAGGCUCGCGUGCAGCCAGAGACUGGUCUUCCGCCAUUCGACCACUUCGGAAACUUUGGAAGCUUCGGAGCCGUUCCCAAAAUCACUGAUAAUGAAUCUCUUGACGCACUCAUGAGAGCCAUUCUGAACACUCCGACGUUUGCUCUGGCUGACGCUCCGGCUGCUCCAGCCACUCCACCAGUGGUGCCGUUUGCUUCAACCGCUCCAACUGUUUCAACCACUUCAACGGAUUCAACGGCUCCAUUUGUUGAGACGACUCGAGUCUCACCGAUGAAUUCAGUCCUUCCGGCUCUCAGUACUAUGAAUCCAACUUGUCGUACACUCGAAGAACUUCUUGUUUUUUCGCCAAUUCCUCGCCAGCUAUCCGAGGUGGUUCCAGCGACUACUGAAAACGACGAGUGCACUGUUUCCAUUCACUCUUCGUUUGAGAACAUCUCUUCCGAUUUUGACGAGAGCCUCGACUCUUGGGAUGCCAACGCGGUGGUGGAGACUCCGUCCCCGGUUCUCGUGGAGGACAACACUGACAGCCUCGAAACGAUGGAGAUGGAGGAAGAAGUCGAGCAGGCGGAACCAGCGCAGCCAGCCGCGGUCCCUACUGCUCCGGUGUGCAACAAUGCCUUCGAGAAGGUGAGAGUCUGAUUCGGUGCAAUUAAUAAUCAUAGUCCUUUCAGACUUUUGAUCAUCUUCUCGAGAUGGGAUUCGACUACAACGUCGUUGUCGACGUUGUCAAGAAGGAGGGCUCGGACCUUGAGAAGUGUCUCGCUGCUCUGUUCUAA